CGCGCUUCUCUCCGGAGCUUGCUCCCGGAAGUGCCGCUGUUUGUAGCGGGCGUGAUGGCUUCAAGGUUACUUCGCGGAGUUGGAGCGCUGGCCGCGCAGGCCCUCAGGGCUCGCGGCCCCAAUGGAGUCGCCGCGGUGCGCUCAAUGGCGUCUGGAGGUGGUGUUCCUACUGAUGACGAGCAGGCGACAGGGCUGGAGAGGGAGGUCAUGAUGGCUGCACGGAAGGGACUGGACCCAUACAAUAUUCUGGCCCCAAAGGCAGCUGCAGGCACCAAAGAAGACCCUAAUUUAGUCCCAUCUAUCACCAACAAGCGAAUAGUGGGCUGCAUCUGUGAAGAGGACAAUAGUACCGUCAUCUGGUUUUGGCUGCACAAAGGCGAGGCCCAGAGAUGCCCUAGCUGUGGAACCCAUUACAAGCUGGUGCCCCACCAGUUGGCCCACUGAGCCUUUGCACUAAUUUACUCAAAAUGUGCUGUGAAGUUUCUUCUUUCCAAUAAAGACUAGCCAUUGCAUUGGCUCCUUCUCCCAUA